GCGAGCCAGUUGAAGUGCAGUCGACUGGUUGCAUUUCAGGACUUAGCUUAGCCCAUAUUCUUUCAAUGAGUGUAUUUGUUUUUAAAAUUGAGAAACUGUUGCGGUAGUCAGCAAAAACCAACGUGUGAGAAAUGGCUCCGAAGAAGGGAAAAGGAGAUGAUGCACCAAAGCCACCGCCACUGAUUGGAAGAUUUGGCACCUCACUGAAAAUAGGAAUUGUUGGCCUGCCCAAUGUCGGGAAGUCAACCUUUUUCAACGUGCUGACGAAGAGUCAGGCCGCAGCUGAAAAUUUUCCCUUCUGCACCAUUGACCCAAAUGAAAGUAGAGUGCCCAUUCCAGAUGAACGCUAUGAUUUCCUCUGCCAAUUCCACAAACCUGCCAGCAAAAUCCCAGCAUUCCUUAAUGUUGUGGACAUUGCUGGCCUGGUGCGAGGUGCUCACGCCGGCCAAGGCCUGGGAAAUGCCUUCCUGUCCCACAUCAGCGCCUGCGAUGGCAUCUUCCACUUGACACGUGCUUUUGAGGACGAGGAUAUCAUCCAUGUUGAGGGGACAGUGGACCCAGUGAGGGAUAUAGAGAUCAUCCAUGAGGAGCUGAGGCUGAAGGAUGAAGAGAUGAUCGGCCCUGUUAUUGACAAGCUGGAGAAGACUGCCAUUAGAGGCGGUGACAAGAAACUCAAACCAGAAUAUGACGUUAUGUGCAAAAUCAAGAGCUGGGUAGUGGAUGAAAAGAAACAUGUCCGCUACUAUCCUGUCUGGAACGACAAGGAGAUCGAAGUGUUGAACAAAUACUUGUUUUUGACAUCCAAACCAAUGAUUUACCUUGUUAACCUCUCUGAGAAAGACUACAUCAGGAAAAAGAAUAAAUGGCUGGUGAAAAUCAAAGAGUGGGUGGACAGUCACGACCCCGGAGCCUUGGUCAUCCCCUUCAGCGGCGGCCUGGAGAGCCAGCUACAGGACCAGAGUGAAGAGGAGAGGCAGAAGUACUGCACGGCGCACAAGACGCAGAGCGCCCUGAGCAAGAUCAUCAAGGCAGGCUACGCCGCCCUGCAGCUGGAGUACUUUUUCACUGCUGGACCAGAUGAGGUCCGCGCAUGGACCAUUCGGGGUAUUUUGCUUUUAUAAGAUGGUCGACAAAGAGGAAAAACAACAAGUUAGACAAGCAGGGGAGUAAGGAGAAUAACAUGCAGCAAACCCCCUGGUCAGAUACGAACACAAGACAUUUCAGUGGUACAGUGUGAGCCUCAGAUCGCCUGCCAACAGGAAGCCCCACGCUGGUACUUUAGACAAAUAUUCACAUUUUCAUCAGAAAUGCAAAUUUCAUUUCAGUGUAGCAAACGACAAUAAUUGUUGCUACUGACUACAAAAGAAAAGUCUAAAUAAGUCUUUUCAUAUUGGUGUUAAAUGUAUGGUUUUAGAUGAUGUGAAACACAUCCAAAGAAGUUUUAAGCACCCACUUUGGGAAGUAUUUUGAAUAUGGCUCUUAGACCCUGUAUGGGCCAGAGGAGAUGGUGAGCUCACUCCCUCUUAUUCACACCGGACACAUUACAUUUAAGUCAAAUGACAUCACUGGGUUUAGGCACACACGCAUCUCUGCAUGACUGGUGUCCUCGCUAUUUGCAAAAAAAAAGUCUUGAAAACACUUCAAAGGCAUCCUCAAAACCACGCUUGUCCUCCUCGACAUAACUGAUGACACCCAGCCUUGAUUGUGUGUGAGGGGCAUUUAGUCAGGUAAGCAUCAGUGAGUAACUAUAUUAAGUCAAUACAUCUUGCAUUGUAAAAACUACACUCAGUAAUGUCGUGUUCCUAAGUCCUUUAACAUGGUUUAUUAGGCAGCCUCGAGGUGACCAUUAUCUAUCAGCCUGCUCUGCAUAGCUCUUAACUAGGACAAUGUGGAUCUCUUGUAAUGCGCCAUGUGAAAAAAAAAAAUCCCUCCCUUAAUCUAUUUUUCUCCAGAUAGACAAACCUUGAUGCUGAUUAAUGGUGGUUAAACUCACAAGCACUCCGUCAAUGAGAUUGCAAAGAGAUGGUAAUGUAUUGGAGUCAUUAAAUACGCAUCAUUCUUUUGGCAUGAAAUAUGUUGACCCCAACCUGAUUAUAUACAUAAUUAAAACCGCUCAACAGUUCCUGAGCACAGAGCUGCAGAGCAGAGAGGGAGAGAGCGAGCAGGUCGACAGGCAGGAGUCAGAAGGAUAAAACGGCAGCCACGUCACUUAUUUGGGGCAAUUUGUCAUUUCGGUCCAUUAUUUUAGUGCAUAUAAAUUGCACAUUUCGUCAUUCACCAGUUGUGUCUUGGAGUGUUAAAGAGGUUUCAGAGUACAACAAAUUUCUAAAAGCAUUGUUAUUUUGUGCUUUUAAAAACACCCAGCAUGUUUUGAUGAUACAUUCAUUACUUUCUACCCCCCCCAACAAAAGUUUCACAUACUCCAGCACUAUAGCCCUGCAUCAACACCGGUGAAAUAUAAUGUAAUGUUUGGAUUUGCUUUACCAAACUCUGGUGCAUCACAACACUAAAGGCCUGACGCAGUGUUGUGUACCACCCUGGCCUCUCACUGCAACACCGGGUCUUCUUGCUGUCAUGACCAGAGAGCCGAGCAGCGACCCACAAUGAGGCAAGAUUGCUUGGACAGAAAUCAAUACUACCACGGAAUGAGAAUCAGAAGGCAUUGAUAGCAGUGCUGUGUCCUUAUCGGUGUCCAGGCCGCCCUAGCAGGGCACAGCCGAGCGGAAAGCUAUCCAGAAAUCAGGACUGAGGCAAGAAUACCCCCGACUGAAAACACCCCGGAGUGAUGCUCACAGCGCUAUCACCCUAUCAAACACCAUGUCGCUCGCAUGCUGUAAUCCAUCUUCUCCAAAACAAUUCAUUUGUCCUCUCUUUUUCCUUCCUU